UAUUAUGAGGCUGGUGUCAUUAGGCGAUAGCUAUUGAAUCAUUCAAUCUGAAUUCGUCGUUCUUUUUUCCUUCGCAAAUUUCCCUCUCUCUCAGGUCAUUUCCAUGGUUUUCAGAUCGCCUUUAGAGCUUUAUCCCUCUCAUUUCUUCCUGCCAAACUUUGCUGAUCGCCCUUUGCUCUUGGCGAGCAGUGCGCCCAGCACCAGGUCUCCCGAAGACUUGUCAAUGUUUCAGCUACCGACCCUAAACUUCUCUCCAGAGCAAGUGGCGAGCGUCUGCGAGACGCUGGAGGAGACCGGGGACAUCGAGCGGCUGGGUCGCUUCCUAUGGUCGCUUCCAGUGGCACCGGGUGCUUGCGAGGCGAUCAACAAGCAUGAAUCCAUCCUACGCGCCCGGGCUGUUGUCGCCUUUCACACCGGCAAUUUUCGCGAUCUCUACCACAUUUUGGAGAACCACAAGUUUACCAAGGACUCGCAUGGUAAACUACAAGCGAUGUGGCUAGAGGCUCACUAUCAGGAGGCCGAGAAACUACGCGGGCGUCCCCUAGGACCGGUUGAUAAGUACAGGGUGCGAAAGAAGUUCCCCCUGCCUAGAACCAUCUGGGACGGUGAGCAGAAGACGCAUUGUUUUAAGGAGCGAACGCGGAGUCUGUUACGGGAGUGGUACCUUCAGGACCCCUACCCAAACCCCAGCAAGAAAAGGGAACUGGCUCAAGCCACUGGACUCACUCCUACACAGGUCGGAAAUUGGUUUAAAAACAGGAGACAACGAGACAGGGCAGCGGCAGCAAAAAACAGGCUCCAGCAUCAAGCAAUAGGGGAAUGGCAUGCGGUCCCUUUCAGAAUCCGGCUGCACCCCACGGAGUUCGGCGGAGUCGCCAUCAACUGCGGCUAGUCCAACAACCAGUGUCUCGAGUAUGACAGAGCGAGUCGACACGGGCACGUCAAUUCUUUCAGUAACAUCAAGU